AUGUGGUCAGUCUUCCUCUCCUCCCUCUCCUUCCCUCCUGAGCCUGUCUAUCAGGGCUCGUGUGCUUCGGCGCAUUGCGCGCACAUCCUCCGCGCACAGCACUCCAUUUCGUGGACGGUCCGGCUCAUUCCUGUCGCAGUGCAUUGCCGGCGACGCAAGAUCCGAUGUCUGGUCGCGGCGGACGAUACACAGGGACGAUGUGAGAAUUGUAUACGGUUACGCAAGGAGUGCCAGUUCUUUCCUGUCGAUCAACAACCGCCAGUCGAGAAGAAGUCUCGUCCCAGCUCGAGACUUGAGACGCAGUCCACGGAUCGAUCGGUGACGACACCCAUUUCUUCCUCGCCCACCAAUUUGAAGAUGGAUGCGGUCGAUGCCUACUAUCCAUACUCGCCAAUGCCAUUGAGUGCGUCGUCAGGGCAGGAUAUGUCAACCUUCCCUGGUGCCUUUCCGGCCACCCCCAUGUCGGGCUUCACACCUGAUCGCCCGAUGGCCACCGGUGAAUUCACGGGCCAUCCGACAAUGGAGACCGGGGUCCCCUGGGACGAGUUCACGACAAUAUCCGAUCCGCAAAUGUUAGCCACGAUGACGGCCAACAAGAGCCAGAUGAUGAAUCUCGCUCCGGGCGUCUGGAACCCCAAUGCUAUGCCUGCGGCUCUGCCCAAUUCGCCCAUGUCUGCCCAGGCACAGCCCAUGAAUACCGGACAGGCGUAUACGAUGCAACCAGACGGCUCAGUCUGGCCAGUCCCGCCACAACCAUCCCGAACUGUGAGCUACCCCGGCCAGGCCGACAUAAGCUCGUCCUACCCGAAUCAAUUCCCUCCGCAGAUGCCGCCGGAUCUCAAGCGCCGCAUGACAACGCCCGCGCAACCCAUGUCCGGCGCGCAGACCUCCCCAGGACCAACCCCCGACAUGCAGGCCGGCCCGGGCUCGGUCUCGUACCCGCCGCCAGCAGGCAUGGGAUAUGCACAAUGGCCCGUGAAUAAUGCUAUGGCCGGCAUGAAUGUGGUACCGUACCCCAUGUACGGCGGCGACCCGGUUCAACAACAACCAUACCCGAAUCCCCCGAUGGGACAUCCCCCUGGACGAACAGGACCCUAA